AUGGAUCUCCUUUUGAUGCACGUGCUUCCGAAGUUGCACUUGAGACCUGACUUAUGCACGUGUCGAUUCACAAUGAUUGACUUGAGCUUUACGGAUGCUUUAAUGAAGCCAGAGGGUAUUGCUUCAAGGAUCCAGUCAGGAGAUAUUGAAAUGGAGGGUGACAAAGUGACAGGCUGGUUGGAUCAUGAAGCACAUCUAAGGUUUUGGGUGGACUUUCACUUCUUUAUUGACUAUGUGCUUGGACAAUAUGAAGAAUACAAGCCAGCGUGGACAGAUGUUGACUUCAUAUUUGGGCCAAUCAACAUCAAACAAUACUGGCUUAUGCUGGCCACCGAUUUAGAGAGGUACACAAUCUUUGUAUUUAACUCCAUGUCAAACUACAUCAGUGGCGACAUACUUGAUGGUCGCCUCAAGCUCGUGGCUAGAGCAAUGCCUUCAAUGUUGAUUUCUGUCGGAUUUGACAUACAACAUGAGACGUUCAAGUACGGGCAAUGGGAAGUGAAGAAAUCGAAGUUGACCCUCCAAGAGGGCAAGUCUCUUGAUUGUGGCACUUUUGUGUUAAAUUUGUAG